CACGCUCCUUCACGUGGGCGUCCCUCAAAGCUCAACUCUCGGCCCUUUCCGAUUCUGCGCAGUUAAGUCUGAUCCGCCCUCGGCUGAGCUUUUGAGAGUUGUGCGGAAAAACCGAUGAAGUCCAGAAAACUUGUAACAAAGUAGCGAUUUGAGCAACGAUGAGUGGAUCUGUUGUCGACAACACCGUGUCAUCGGGCAAUUCUUCGGCUGCGAUUCCGACAGACAUCAGCGGGCAAAUAUUAGAUCUAGACGAAGACGAUGACUUGGAAGUUUUCAGUAAGGAUACGACUCUAACAGACGGCAGCUCUUUCAACGCCUCCAUGCAGACCUCCCCUGCUUCAAUGAUCAACCAGUACAAGUUUGAGGAAGAUGCUGACACUAAAGAUAUUUUUGUCACAGUCGAUAACCCAGAGAGUCAUGUAACAGCUAUUGAGACAUACAUAACCUACCGGGUUAUGACUAAGACCACACGGAGCGAGUUUGACUCGAGUGAGUUUGAGGUGCGAAGACGAUACCAGGACUUCCUGUGGUUAAAAGGACGUCUGGAAGAAGCUCAUCCCACGCUUAUUGUUCAUCCACUGCCUGAGAAGUUUGUGGUGAAAGGAAUGGUGGAGAGGUUUAAUGAAGAUUUCAUCGAGACGAGGAGGAGGGCGCUGCACAGGUUUUUGAACAAAAUAGCAGAACAUCCCAUUUUCUCCAGCAGUGAGGAUUUUAAGAUCUUUCUCACUGCAGCAUCUGGGGAGCUGACCUCUCAUAAGAAACAAGGUCCAGGGUUUCUGAGCCGGAUGGGGGAUACGGUCAAAGCCGUCGCUGCUGCGGUCAGAGGGGUCAGAAACCGGCCUCAGGAGUUCACAGAAAUGCAGGAGUACGUGGAGGCCUUCAGUCAGAAGAUCAGCUCGCUUGAUAAAGUCACUCAAAGGAUCGUCAGAGAGCAGAAGGAGUACCUGGAGGAGCUGAAGGAGUGUGGGCCGACAUACGCGCUGUGGUCACAAUCAGAGGAGGAGCUGGCCGAGCCCCUGAAGAACGUGGCAGGCUGUGUGGACAGAUGCUGCAAGGAGACAGAGGAGCAGGUCAAGAAUCUCAGUGAUCAGCUGAUUCCAGUCCUUCAUGAGUACGUCCUCUGCGCAGACACACUCAAGGCAGUACUAAGGAGGCGAGACAACAUCCAGGCAGAUUUCGAAGCCAAGACUGAAGCUCUUGCCACGAAGAAGGCCGACAGAGACACGAUGAGAGAUGAUCUGGAUAAGGCAGAGGACCGGCUGGAGUGGGCAAAUAAUGCACUCAAAAGCGACUGGACCCGCUGGCAAAAGGUCAUGAGAACUGACCUACGAUCAGCCUUUGUCGACACAGCAGAGAGGAACGUCAGCUACUAUGAAAAGUGUUUGGCUGUAUGGGAGUCGUUCUUGCAUUCUCAAAGGACAGACGCUGAAGGAAAUGGAAAGGUUGACUUUUCCUAAUCUCUCAUGGUGCUUUUAUCUGAACGGGACCACCAAAGACGCUUUUAUUCCUGCAGAAGCCAAUAAGAUUCAUAUUUAGAGACUGAGGCGCCAAAGAGAGGGACAGUCACCCUGUACAAACAUCUCCCAGCAUGCACCAACUCAACCAGAGAGAUCGAAAUGAAAGGAGAAUUGUCUCUGUCAUCAGUACGCUUGGCCCACGUUUGAAUUCUUUUGAUAAUGGGGGGAAAUGAUAUUGCCAAAUCUUUUAUACUGAGAACUAUUUUUCAUUUUUGUUGAUAUAAAUACAACACAUGAGAUGGAAAA